UCGCUUGAUAGCUUGACUACGCACCAGCUUCCUGCAUCGCUAGACGACAGAGGUUAUCAGGAGGGAAGACUGGAAGACUGGCCUCAUGAACCAUGUGCUUUGAGUGAUAACUGGUACCUCUGGCUCUCCUUCCCGAAUCCCGACGCUGUCACCCCAUCAACCACGCACGUCCAAACGACCCACGUAGAAGGGCACUCCAAUCUCAGUCUAUGCGAUGUCCUUAUCGGAUCUUCCAAGAAGCCACUUUGAUCCUUUGAAUCAUUAUCCUCUCAGAGAAGAACAAUAUCCUGGCUACUUUCCUCCAUCUGACGCUCCGGCUGCUUUUCUAACCCACGAGAUCACUCAAUUGUCAAACGCGCUCUACGGUCACCGUCCCGCUUUCUUCAACAUGAACCCGCUGUCGCCCGAAGAGAUGGAGCGGUUCCAGGAGCUCUCCAACAAGUACGAACCAGAGCUGCCAGUAAGCAACCCGUCGACGAACGCAAUUGCGAUGGACUAUGCCAAUGCCGAUCCCACCUUUGCUACAAAGACCAGUGCUCUGGCUGUUACACAUCCGCAAUCGCGUAUCAUGAAAGGAGAUGGCAAUUGUGGCUGGAGAGCUGUUGCCUUUGGGUACUUUGAGAAUCUGUUCAGUCUUCGUGAUCCUGUUCAACUACAACGCGAGCGGGCACGGUUCAAGUCACUGAACACCCUCCUUGACCAAGUCGGUCUAGACGAGAUUACGUACGGAAUGUUUGCCGAUGCUACAGAUGAGGUAUUCGAUAGCAUACUUAAUGCAAUCGAACGCGGCGAGCGUGACGAUUCCUUCCUUGUUGCGCUGUUCAAUGAUGAGUAUAAUUCGAAUACGAUUCUCUGCCAUUUCAGAUUCUUGACCAGUGCAUGGAUAAAACUAAAUGCCCAUCGCUAUUCGGCCUUUUUACCAAUGGAUAUGCCCAUUGACCGGUAUUGUUCAACGCAGAUAGACCCGGUUAAGACCGAAAUCGAUGGGAUAGGUCUGCAAGCAUUGGUCGACGGAGUCAUCGAGGGAUCUGGACUAGUCGUGGAAAUUUUGUACCUCGAUCGGAGUGAAGGUGAUGCUGUGACCCCACAUGUGCUCACACAGACGAGGCCAGGAGUUGGAGCCAUUCGCCUGCUCUACCGACCAGGCCAUUACGACCUGCUUUACCGAGCGGAACCGAUUGUAAACAUGCAGCCGGUAGUCAACUUGCAAUACGCCAUAUCAUCCAAUUACGGCCCUUGGGAUACCAGUGACCUCUCAUUUGAUGUGAAUUCCAGCUUGAUGGCCAUACCAAACCUGAUGAUGGACACGUCGUUUCCACUCGCCCCUUCAAUGUCACAACCUCCGGCCGAUCCUUUUCGAGUCUCACCACCACAGCCUCCGCCAGAUCACUACCGGGUCCCCCCACCACAGCCGCAGCCUCCGUCAGACUCUUACCGAGUCUCCCCACCGCAGGAAGUAUAUCAUGCUCCUGUGCACACGCCUCCACCACCGCCGCCGAUCGCCUCUCCGCAACCACAGAUCCAAUUAUCUGGACCGCCACCUCCGAUGAUGAGCUCAUUACCUCGUCGGACAGAUGAUGGGCCUCAAAUCCGGCUAAGUUCGCUUGCAAUGAGAUCUAAUCUGAAUCAUUCACUUCCGCUGCCAGUUACCGCACCGUUUAAAAACUCCCCGUUCAACCACGCGCAUUACCAGAAUCCGGAUUUUGAACCGAUGCACUGGGCGCCCAAUGAGUCCCGCAAAUAAAACCGAAGACCCAAUACAAUGGAAAUAUUAUCAUGACUUUGGCAGCUCCCAUUCCGGCUUUCUAUGACAUAUGAAGUUUAUGACCACAUGAUACGAAUUGCACGAGACCAGGUCCAGGUAUAUGAGUAGUCCUGCUAUAAUGAAACGAUUAUUGUUGCGGAAACGUCUUGCGCUGCUGGAAUUACUGGAAUAUCUUGCGCUGGUUGCGGGGCCUUUCAUGUUUCUCUCGCCUUACCGUCUGCCUUUUCCGAUUCAUUUCAUCUAUUAGCGAGUGCCAUGUUGCAUUGGUGUGAGCGCGGUUCAAACCUUGCUUAUGCUCCGAAAGGAUUCAAUAAUAAGAGUGCGAGGCUACGUGCAUUUUGUAGAAUGACAGCCUCACGUGUGAUUCAUGUCUCGAGCUGCUUGUCUCUAGUAGAUUUAUUUAAAAAUCAUCUCUGGUC